AUGACCGCCACUCCACUAACCGAUGACCAGCUUCUGAAGAAGGCCAUUGAGGCCAAAGCUAAUGCUCACUGCGAGUAUAGCAAGUUCCCUGUCGGCGCCGCGGUGCUAACGGAAGACGGAAACGUCUUUCUCGGUAAAACCAACUCGAUUCACUGCAUUCUUUGUGUGUCAUUUUGAAGGGUGCAACGUUGAAAAUGCCUCCUACGGUGGCACAAUCUGCGCCGAACGAAGCGCGAUCGUCUCCGCCGUGUCCAAUGGAUACAAAAAGUUCCGCGCGAUCGCCGUCGUCACCGACCUCACCGAGCCGGCCUCGCCAUGCGGGCUGUGCCGCCAGUUUCUUGUAGAGUUCGGCGACUACAAAGUGAGCGCGAAGCUAGGAAGAAAUAUACGGAGAAAUUAUGUUACAGGUUAUCGUCGGCUCAGCCACGUCAACAAAAACUAUCUUGACUACGACACGGGACUUGCUCCCAUUCGCGUUUACCCCCGAGUCGCUUGAGACUUACGCUCAUGAAGUUGAAUCGAAAAAAACCGCAAACACUUCCUAA